UUUACACUUUAUCCGGCCUUGUGUUUUGUCUUUCUCAUUCCUUAUUUAACUAUUUUGGAAUGUUUUUCAUUUAGGAGUUGCGAUAAGAGUUGGAAACAAAUGAGUUUUAAUCAAUCUUUUGGUAUAUAUGGUUUAUUGCAAAAACCCAUUGCUCUUGUGUUGAUGUCAGCUCUAUUAGUUAAAUUGUCAAUGGAGCCCAGUAAAUUCUCAUUUUUGGUGACUGUAACGACAGGAAAGUUGUGGCCGCUAGUCAAAGAAAAUAAUGACGUCGCCGCCGUUAGUAAACGACUGGCAACUGCCGUCGUUGAAAAAAAUCAAUCAACUUCGUUGUCUGCAUACGAUGAAGAAAAUCUUGGCCGUACGGGUGUGUUCCACAAUCACAAAGCAAACCAAUAAUCCAAUAACAACUGGAAAACUCAAUAUGUUUCGCAAGAAUUAAAUGUGUGAUUUAAGGCAAUAAUAGAGAUACAAAAGUGAAACAAGCAUUAGAAAAACAGAUAAUAUAAAACGCAGCUUUGACAAAGAAUACGACUAAUCAUGUCCAACACUAAGGUGCAAUUACGUAUGCCACAACAGGACCUCAAGUGCAGGAAUGGUUGUGGCUUUUAUGGUUACUAUCAAUUUGAGGGUUUAUGUUCCAAGUGUUUUCGCGAACGUAACGAGCAGAGGAAAAAAUUGGACCAAGUGAGAACAGCAUCCCCAACAUCAUCGGUGACAGGUGGUCAACGUCAUGAUGGUAUAUCGGUUUCACCUAGACAUCAACAAAAAUCAACUUCAAGUGGACAUCAAAAGAAAUCGGAAACACCGGUUGAAAAUAUUAGCAAUACCUUGACGAAAAAGAAAUCUUUGGUGCCAUCGCUGGUAAAAUCUUUGACCCUACAACCCAGCAGUCAAUCAUCGAAAAAACAUUCACGCCAACAACAGCAACGAAGCCAUCAUCACAAAGAUUAUGUUCCUGAUCCAACCGAAGCUCAAUUCAUUUUGAAAUUACGUCAAUUGCGUAUACCCGAUGAUGGCCGGGCGAAGUUGAAAAACGAAAUUCAACACCUUGACUAUGAGAUACGCUCAUAUUUGCAAGGCAAUAACACCAAAAAUAUCGAUGAAUUAUCCGAAUUGGUACAAAAUGCCUAUAGUAAAUUUUCCGAUUUGGUACACAAUGAUGCAAGUUUUCAAAUUGCCACAAAUGAGGAUAGAGAGAUGACAAUUGAUUUUUUCGAAAAGGUGGUGAUGACUAGGAAUCACAAAUUCCUUUUUAGUCCAUACUUUACCAGCGAUGAAGAGAAUGAUGUGAAAAUCCAAAAACGUAUACGGCAACUAAGCUGGAUAACAGCCAAACACCUGGCCUGUUGCAUCGAUGAAGUAAAUGCCGAGUCUAGGGAAUUGGUUUAUAAUGCAAUAACUGAACUUGUCGGCAUCGAUUCAUUCUAUUCACCGCAAGAGAAACUUGAGUGCACUGUGCGUUGUUGCCGUCACAUUUUCGAAUUGCUCAAACACUCUGUGGGUGGACCAGCAAGUGCCGAUGAAUUUUUACCAGCUUUAAUUUUUGUAGUUCUUAAGGCCAAUCCUGUACGUUUACAUAGCAAUAUUAAUUUUGUGACACGUUUCACAAAUGCCUCACGUUUAAUGAGUGGCGAGGGUGGUUACUAUUUUACAAAUUUGUGUUGUGCCAUUUCGUUUAUUGAAAAUCUAACUGCUCAAAGUUUGAGCAUGGACCAAGAAGAAUUUGACAUGUUAAUGUCCGGCUCCAAGCCAUAUAGUACACCAUGGGAAAGUGCGUUAAUGGCUUGUGAAAGUUUACAUUUGAUUUCGGAGAAUAUGAAACGCAUGGAAAUGUUAAAUACACGCAAUCAAAAUAUUAGCAAGGGCAUAGCUCAAUUCAAUGAGGAUUUGAAAGAGUUUCAGCUUGAAAUAACCAAUAAAGUUGAAGCAGUAAUUGCCAAAGCUCCCCUCACAAUAUUGGAUAUAAAAACUCCGGAAUUUCUGAUACCCAAAGCAAGGGCCCAUUUGGAACGAGAUCAAGAGCAAUUACAACAAAUAGCGCGGGUUUUAGGUGGCCACUAUCAAUACAACUUAAUCUCCGCUAUGGAUAAUAGCAACAAAUUAUCGACAACCUCAACUUCACGCGACAAACAUUUGAAUUCCAAAGUGUUGCCUUUACCGUUGACACCACAAAGAGUGGAAACCAGUAGCUCUCCUAAAAAGGGUAUUUCAACGGAUGAUAGCCUCCUGCAGACAUCAACUCAAAGUCAUUAUUUAAGUGCUACAGAUAAUGAGAAUAUUGCAAAAAUGCCGGGACGUUUGUCGCCGCUACCACCAACGGCAGGUGCUAAUCCAAAUAAUGUGGAUCUUCUGUUUGCUUCACCCAUCUUCAAUUACACUCCCUUUGAUGAACAGCAUAUAAGGACGCAUGAUGAGACUAACGACUCUACAGAUGAUCUAUUAUUAACCGCGGAAUUUCGUGGUGGUCUUACAAACAUCAAUUAUGAUUUUGAUCUGUCCGAUCACAGUAAUGACAAUAGUACAACGGAAGAUGUAAAAAUGAAUUUAGCCGAAUUCGAUCCAUUGGCCGAGACCACGGGGCUAACAGCAUCGUCAUUUGUAAGCGAUAGGCCAACAUGUCUUGCAUCUACGCCGCGAUUUCCAGUUGAAUUUCCAUUCGAUGGACCAAACGAUCAACAACAGCGUAUUAAACAUGAAAUAUCCAUAAAUUUAGCAGAUCCUCCAAGCUUGCUGGAUGAUUCGCCAGCCAAUGAAUCACGUUUGCCGUCACCCCUCAAACCCAUGGUUACCGACUAUCGUGGUUUCUCUUCCUUUGAAAUACCCUCAAUCUCAUGUAAUACCGGUGAUUUUAGCUCCCUCAAUCAUAGUGUUAACAAUACAGAUGCCGAUUCGUCAACCUCAAUGGACAACAAACCAAAAUAGCUGAUAAUGAUACAAUGAUCAGAAAGUAAAAUUUGUUACCCAUUUAUAAUGAGAAGACCUUAAAUUGUACAUUUUUUCCUUUUUCUAAAUUUUGCCUUGUUUUAUAUUGGAGCGUUUAAUUUAUAUCAUAUUUGUAUAUUAUAAUUUUAGUUUAAUUUACAAAAUAUAUAUGUUGUUUUUGUAAACAAAUAAAAUACUGUUUUAUCUGAACAUGAACUAUAACGAGUGUUGUCAGAGUGGAAGUUAUAGAAUAUAUUUUUAUGGAUUUUAAAGUCACAAAA